AUGAGUCUUUCAGUAUCAGAACACGGUCUUAAUGGGAAUCAGACGACAAAGGAAGCAGAAAUGGAGCGAUUAUUUGGACACAUGGAAGAAAUGCGUGUUUCCGAAGCAGUACGUGCAAGUGCCAGUGUUUUAUCAGAAGAAGAAGAAGAAGAAGAAGAAGAAGAAGAAGAAGACAGUGAAGACUCGAGUGCUUUAGAUGAUGAGGAAGAAAAUGACGUGGAAGAGAGUGAUGAAGAGGAAGCAAGUUGGAUUGCCUGGUUCUGUUCUCUUCGUGAGAAUAGUUUUCUAUGUGAAGUGGACGAGGGUUACAUUGAAGAUGAUUUUAAUCUCACGGGACUCAGUAGCAUUGUGCCUUACUAUGAUUACGCACUGGAUAUUAUCUUGGAUAUUGAGACGCCCAAUGAUACAAACUUGACACAGAUUCAGCAGGAAAUGAUUGAGUCCGCGGCCGAAAUGCUCUACGGACUUAUUCAUGCUCGCUAUAUUUUGACCACAAAGGGCAUGGCCGCCAUGUUAGAAAAGUAUCAGAAUGUAGACUUUGGUCGUUGCCAUCGCGUCUACUGUCAAGGUCAGCCAGUACUGCCUGUGGGACAGUCGGAUGUGCCGAGACACACGACUGUCAAUGUGUUUUGUCCCAAGUGCCGUGACAUUUUCUUUCCCAAGUCGCAACGAGCGGGCCAGAUUGAUGGCGCGUACUUUGGUGCGACUUUCCCGCAUGUGUUCCUAAUGACGCAUUCUCACCUUGUGGUCUCGCCGCCAAUGCAGACAUAUGUGCCACGGGUAUUUGGCUACAAGGUUCACAGCUCAAGUGAAUACUACACUGGCAAGAAAAAGAGUGCAUCUGGUCGCGAGCGGGAAAAUUAUCGGAAAGUGAAGACGCUGAUUGACCGCUUGAAGGGUCGACCAGAUGAGGAACAGGCUAGGUGA